AUGCGAUGCGCGAGCAAGGCCGCCGAGAGCGCGUCUGCACGUCUCUGUGCGGACGCCGAAGCAGAAACUACAGCAACUGAUAUCCCAUCGGUUGCUGAAUCGACUCAGCCUGUAUCACCUGGUGAUGCAGGCGCUGAUCAUGAAGACACUCGUGUCUUCACAGAGUACGAGCUCGGUGUCUCGUACUCUCCUGAUACGGAUGACGGAUCCGUAUCGACGGCAAUUGAAUCCAAGCCGCCUGCCAAGCGUGGCAUGGACGAUGCUUUGCGUCGCAGCAUCUUUGGUUCAUCUGAUGAGUCAGAUGAACCAUCGCCGAAGCGAAGGCGCUCGAGGUCGCGAGACUCGGGCGCUAAUAGUGGUGUCGUUUCUCCAAUGGACACCACUUCACAGCGAGGUGCCAGUACUUCUGUCGGCACGUCGCAGGAAGAGCGGGACCGCAAUGUGUUGCGUCUCGCUCCAGAAAAGAAGGCAUGGAUGCCUCCUAAAUCUGUCAUGGAUCACUUGUCGGCGACGACGAGUGAUCGUUAUCGAACACGAUUGUUCGAUUCGUCAAGGAUCCAUCACCUUGACCCCAGCGCGAAAGACUAUCGCGCUGAACAUGAAGUUCUUCAUCGAUGCUUUCUUCAGACAUCGAUGGCGUGGAACGCCUACAUCCAUAAUCUCGAGGAUGUAGGUCGUGACGCUUGGAACGACAAACUUAUCAAAGCUCGUGAUAAGUUUGAAAAGCGAACCCCGACAGGUGCACGCUACAAGCUGCAUCGUCUGUCAAGGGAGAAGGGAUUACCCUGCCUCUCUUGGGGAGACUCGUGCCCAUGUUGUGUGAACAACUCUGCGCUCGCGCCUACGGAGGCUUGCCUCCUUACCAGCCCGUGGUGGCGCGUACGUGUCUCUACUGAGAUGUACGAAGGGAUUGACAACCUGAAAUCCCUUUACGACCGUGCCGGGAAGACUUUCUCCGGCGGUCCUUCUGCGGCACAGGAUGUGCCGCGUCGAACUGCUCAACCAGACCCAGUACGUCAACCAUCAAUUGGGAGCGGGGCUCCCAAGAAUCCCAGGACGGGGGAUAGCCGCGCCACCGGACGAGGUAACUCGUCCGACGUCCGUUCACGUCGCGGUGGUUCAACAGCUGCUCUACUAGAUAGCGCUGGCCACCGCGAGAGUCCUCUAAUGGAGGUGGAGGAGGAGGAAAGACGCUCUCCACACGAUCAUGUGGAUCGGUGUGUUCCCGAGAGCUUCUUUUUGAUCGCGUAA